AUGGCGGCGGGACGAGGCGAGUUCUUCAGCAGCCUCCUGAAGGGUUUGGAGCGGCAGCCCGGACCGGAGGGCCCGGGGACAGGAGCACCGGGCCCGGGGAAGCGAGGACGGAGGCUGAGGAGGGACAGACCGGGUCCGGGGAGGACUGGACCGGGUCCGAGGGCCGCCCGCAGCCCGCUGACCGGGACGGAGAGCAGCCGCUCAGCUCAGAAACGGAAAGACAGAAAGACGCAGAACCUGGUGGAGAGGCUGCCUCCUGAGAUCCUGAUAAAGAUCCUGUCGUACCUCGACGCCUCGUCGCUGUUCUGCGUCAGUCACGUUAGCCGACUGUUCCACCGACUCGCCAACGACGACGUCGUGUGGCAGAAGAUGUACAUGUCCGAGUUUGGGAGUCAGACCUGGAGGCCCAAGUCGGUGGACGAAGCUUCGAUGAACCUGGUGGAGGAGAACCAAUCGGGAUGCUGGAAGAAGAUGUACUUCAGGACCAUCGCCGGACAGGAAAUGAACAAGUGGAGGAAGGAACUGCGAGACAUCAGUCCGUACACCGGACUGCCCCGGCAGACCGAGUGGGUCCUCAGGAACCUGAACGUGAGCUGGGAGCUGACGGUGUGCAACUCUUGGGGGAGGGAGGUGGUGCUGGAGCAGAGCCGAGCGUACUUCUUCGAGUCGUCCGUCGUCAUCCGCUGGAGUGGAGGCGGCAGCUUCCCGUUGUACCGCAACAUCCGCAGCAUCCAGCUGCACGGAGUCAGGAAGGAGAACCUGAAGGAGAACCCGAAGAGCCCCAAAGCCAGGAGACCCGGUUGGCGCUCUUUGAUUCUGAAGCUGGACAUGAAGACCAACCCGUAUCAGUUCUUCGGCAAAGACAAACUGAUCAACCUGAUGUAUCUGCCGCCGGGCUUCAUCGUCGGCAUCUGGAGGGGUCACAACAGCGUAGCCUUCAUCAUGGCCAGCCUGCACUUCCACAAGCUGGUGGAGAGAAGUCUGCUGGGAUCUCCAGUCAGCCCGUACGCCGAUCGAAUGGACCCGCCGCCGGCGGACGACUCGGACCCAGACUUCGGUCUCCAUGGUUACAGUCUGCACUUCGUCCUGCACAACACUGGAGCCGAGAUCAUGUCCGGACACUUCCGCCAGCUGUCCUGCAGCCAAGUUCAGGUCAAACGUGGACUCGUGAAGCUGGACGUCAUCAACAGAAGCGACUUGUCUGAGCACAGGUCUCUGUCUGGAAGCUUCAAGCUGCCGUGGAAGAGCGACGCGCUGGAGGGUUCGGUGGAGAACUGCUGCGUCAUGACGCUGACGCUGCUGGACGAGUUCCAGAAACCGUUCUGGUGCGUCAGCUCGCCGAUUCACAUCCGCAUGGUGAAGAAGUCGCCGUCGUCGGACUACAGCGGCGACCACUUCCUGAUGGAGUACCACGACUCGGACGGCCAGGUCAAGAUGGUUCUGGUCUGGCUGAAGGAGCAGAACCAGUUCUUCCUCAUCGGCCUCACUUUGUUCGUCGCCAUUUUCAAGGUCAACCAGCACUUCAGCAGAAACUACUGAAGCUGGACUGGACCGGACACACUUUGGGUUUCUAGUUUUGGAGUUUGUCCAGUGGAGCCGGUGGUUCCUGAAGUUUAGUUCAUGUAAAGACUGUUUUUUACUUUCACAAAUUAGCAGGAAAGCUAGCUGAACUUGUUUCCUUGUGUUUUGUCCGUUAGCGUUCUGUUUCUGUUGAACCUCAAGUAAAAAGUGAUAAAACGCUUUAUUAGGUCCUGAAGUCGCAGCGCAGACUAAGAAAUGUUUUGAAGUUGAAUAUUCACUGAGUAUCGUCAGUAAACUCUUUCAGUUCCAAACACGUCGCAGAAUUUCAC